AACAACAUGACCAUAAUGACAGUACAGCACAGAUCAACAGUCACAGUGCAGUUUAGAUUUUAUCUUGAUCUGUCCUCGUAUGUUUUAAGGUUGGCACCCCCGGUAAUGGCAAGUCAUUGCUGUCAAGUGUCAGUCUUGUAAUUUUGGCCAAAUGACAUGGAAUGGAAUUGAAAGAAAAAUAAUUUCGCUUACCAGGGUCUCGCUGGAACAACUCUUAUUUUACACCUAAAUAUUCGUAUAAUAUUUCAAAUGGUUCUUCAUAAAAGAUUUUCUCUUAAAAUUGUUUAGUUCUUAUUUUAUUUGAAUUACUUAUUCCGUGUUUAUAUUGUCAAAGACUGAAAAUAUCUCAAAAUGGCUAGUGUAUCCUAUCAAAUUGCAAAUCUUUUGGAGAAGAUGACUUCCAAUGAUAAAGAUUUCAGGUUCAUGGCAACUAACGAUUUAAUGACAGAGUUGCAAAAAGACAGCAUAAAACUUGAUGAUGAUUCAGAAAAAAAAGUGGUUAAGAUGCUUCUUCGAUUACUGGAAGAUAAGAAUGGCGAGGUACAAAAUUUAGCUGUGAAAUGCCUAGGACCCCUUGUAAAUAAGGUAAAAGAGUUUCAAGUUGAGAGCAUUGUAGAGACUCUUUGUGCCAACAUGCUCUCAGACACUGAACAGUUGCGGGACAUAAGUAGCAUUGGCUUGAAGACUGUUAUAUCAGAACUUCCAUUGGGUUCCAGUACUCUUGCAGCAAAUGUAUGUAAGAAAAUUACUGGGAGACUGAGCAGUGCUAUUGAAAAGCAAGAAGAUGUUUCUGUUCAGCUGGAGGCAUUGGAUAUUUUAGCUGAUUUGCUUAGUAGAUUUGGUGGUCUCUUGAUAUCCUUUCACACAAUGCUAUUAAAUUCCUUGCUUCCGCAGCUUGCAUCACCACGCCAGGCAGUUCGUAAACGCACCAUAGUUGCAUUAUCACAUUUGGUUAUGUCCUGUAAUACAUCUCUGUAUAACAAACUUAUUGAUCAUCUAUUGGAAGGACUGGGUUCAUCAACAUCAUCAAGUGUCAGUCGCACACACAUACAAUGCAUUGCUUCUGUAUGUCGUCAAGCUGGACAUAGAUUUGGUGAGCAGUUAUGGCGUGUCGCGCCUCAAGUUCUAGAACAUUCCACAGAUGCUGAUGAGGAAUUGCGUGAACAUUGCUUGCAAGCAUUGGAAGCAUUUGUGCUGAAGUGUCCUAAAGAAGUUCAACCACAUAUUCCAACGAUAAUUGACCUCUGCUUAAAAAUGAUAACUUACGAUCCUAACUACAAUUAUGAAGAUGAAGAGGAGGAUGGUGGCGGAGAAGAUGAAGAAAUGGAGGAUGAAUCUUUUGCUCCUGAUGCUGAUCCCGAUUCUGAUUCAGAAGAAUAUUCUGAUGAUGAUGAUAUGUCAUGGAAGGUGAGGCGUGCAGCCGCUAAAUGCCUGGAGUCUGUUAUUGCAACACGUCAUGAGCUUUUAGCUGAAAUGUACGUGACUGUUUCGCCAGCUUUGAUUGCCAGGUUUAAAGAACGAGAGGAAAAUGUCAAGUGUGAUAUCCUAAGUGCGUACACGGCUUUGCUGAGAGCUACACGUCCGCCUCCCGCACUUCAAAUGUCGAUCGCUCCCAAUGAUAACUCUCCGCAAGCUCUGCUUCUACAAAGGGUGGCGGGCGUGGUGCGCGGCGCACUGCGCGUGAUCCGCGGCCGCAGCGUGCGGCGCGGCUGUGCGCUGGCGCUGCUGCGCGAGCUGCUGGCCGCCGCGCCCGGCUGCCUCGCCGACCAAGCUGCGCGCGUCGUGCGAGCUCUCACACCCGCGCUCACCGACAAGAGCACUGCGUCGUCGAUGAAGAUCGAGACGCUGGUGUUCGUGGUGUGCUUGGUGCGCGGACACAGCCCGGCGGCGAUGCGCGCCCACGUGGCGGCGCUGCUGCCCGCGGUGCUGGCCUGCGUGCACGACCCCUUCUACAAGGUCACCGCCGAGGCGCUGCGCGUGCUUCAAACCCUCGUCAAGGUCAUGCGCCCGCUCGAUAAUGUGGAAAAUAUAGAGGGCAAGGAAGCGGUGUUUGUGGAACCACCUCCCGAGGAGUUGCAGCAGUUCAUCCCUGCGAUGUAUGAAUGCACACUGGUGCGCUUGCGAGCCACCGACAUGGAUCAGGAAGUAAAAGAGCGUGCCAUUGCUGCCUGCGGACAACUUAUAUGUCAUUUUGGCGAUUAUUUGCAAAAUGAACUUCCUGUGUGUCUACCCAUAUUUUUAGAACGGCUGCGUAACGAAAUUACACGUCUUACAACUGUUAAAGCAUUGACUAAAGUCGCUUCGUCCCCUCUACGCAUCGAUUUGAGACCUAUUUUGUCUGACGCAGUGCCUAUCUUAGGAUCGUUUUUGAGAAAGAAUCAAAGAGCUCUAAAGUUGUCUACCUUAGUAUUACUGGAUACUCUGGUGCAAAACUAUAGCAACGCCAUCAGUAUAGAGCUUCUGAGCAAGGUGUUGACGGAGGUGCCGGCGCUGGUGAGCGAGGCGGACCUGCACUGCGCGCAGACCGCGCUCACGCUGGUGCGCGGCGCCUGCCUGCGCUGCCCGCACGCGCUCACGCCGGACGCGCGCCACGCGCUCACUCCCAACAUACUCGCGCUCGCCAAGUCGCCGCUGCUCCAGGGCGGAGCACUGGCGGCGAUGCUGGGCGUGCUGAGCGCGCUGGUGGCGGCGGACGUGGCGGGGUGCUCGCGGCGCGAGCUGCUGGCGCUGCUGGUGGCGCCCGUGCACCGCGUGCACGACCACAACGUGCACGCCACCGCGCACCACACCAAGCAGGCGUUCCACUCGCUGGCGAAGUGCGUGGCGGCGGUGGUGGUGGAGGGCGGCGCGGACGCGCUGGAGGUGGUGCGCGAGUUCCUGCGGGACGCCGCGCGCCCGCCCUCCGACCCGCACCACAUGUUCGCGCUGCUCGCGCUCGCGGAGAUCGGACGACACCUAGACUUGAGUUCGAUUCCGAAACUGAAGGAGGUGCUUUUGGAUUCGUUUACACCAUCCUCGGAGGAAGUGAAGUCAGCGGCGAGCUACGCACUCGGCUCGGUCGCCGUCGGUAACCUACCAGAGUUUCUGCCGUUCAUACUAGGUUAAAUAGAAGCGCAACCCAAACGCCAGUAUCUGUUAUUACACUCCUUACGUGAGAUUAUUACCUCAGAAUCAUGUACACCGGAAGGUGUAGAAGCCUUAAGACCUUUUAUACGAGAAAUUUGGGUGCAACUAUCUAAACAUUGCCAAUGUGCAGAAGAAGGGUCUCGUAACGUGGUAGCAGAAUGUUUAGGUAAAUUAUGUUUACUAGAACCCCAAGAACUAUUGCCUCAAUUGAAGGAAUUCUUGAAGUCACCGGAACCACUUACUAGAACGACAGCAGUUACUGCGGUUAAAUUCACCAUUUCUGAUCAGCCGCAAGCGAUCGACCCGCUGCUGUGCGCGUGCAUGCCGGAGCUGCUGGUGCCGCUGCGGGACGGCGAGCUGGGCGUGCGGCGCGUCGCGCUGGUCGCCUUCAACUCCGCCGCGCACAACAAGCCCUCGCUCGUGCGCGACCUGCUGCCCGACGUGCUGCCCACCAUCUAUCUCGAGACCAAAGUCAAGAAAGAGCUAAUCCGUGAAGUGGAGAUGGGUCCGUUCAAACAUUCUGUAGACGACGGGCUGGACCUUCGCAAGGCAGCUUUUGAGUGCAUGUACACACUGCUGGGCACGUGUCUAGACCGCCUGGACGUGUUCGAGUUCCUGAGGCACGUGGAGGAUGGCCUGCGUGACCAUUACGACAUCAAGAUGCUCACUUACCUCAUGUGUGCUAGGCUCGCACAGCUCUGCCCUGCAGUCGUUUUGCAAAGGCUCGAGAGCUUAGUGGAGCCAUUAAGAGUAACAUGUACUAUGAAAGUGAAGGCCAAUUCUGUGAAGCAAGAGUAUGAAAAACAGGAUGAAUUGAAGCGCUCCGCUCUGCGCGCUGCUGCAGCAUUGCUACAAAUACCAGAGGCUGAGAAAAACCCUCAUCUGAUGGAGUUCGUGACGCAAAUCAAAACGAUCCCGGACUUGCAGCCAAUUUUCGAGUCGAUCCUGAAGGACUCGAGCGGCGGCGGCGUGGACUCGAACCUGAUGGACCAGAGCUAGCCGCGCCGCGCCACUGCGCCCGCGCCGCUCUCGCUGCACUCGCUCCGCAUCUAGUGUCCGUCUCGCUCGUGCACGCACGCAAGUUCAUUCGUUGUUUCCCUUUGUUUUCACGUUAAGUUGAGAACCCCUGUUCUUCCUUUUCAUUAUUGUAUAAAAGUUUAAAGUCGAACAUCAUUUGUAUAAUUUCAAUCGUGAUCUCAUCCAAAUAAUAUUUACGCCAUUUGUUCAACAGUUUUUUAUUAUAAAAUUACAUAGUUACAAGAAAGCUCUACUAAGUCCCUGACGUAACAGUAACGAAUAAUAAUCGGGGUGCCUCACUAAGAGAUUUAAUAUUAAGUAUAGUAGGGUUUUAGGAAUCAUUAGGUCGUCGCUGUACAAAUGUUGUGGCUGACCGUUACUAGCUUUGCAUUACUAUCUAUUUUCGCUGCCGAGUUCACCAUAAAUUUAUGAUCUGUAUUAAUAGAAUUAAAGUAUUCUGAAGAAAUAUAGAUAAUACUCAUAAUGAUUAACUACUCAUUCUUUUUCCCAAUGUAUGUGUUCAAAUUAGAAAAGAAUGGCAAACGCUCAUACUCUCGGCAACCAAAAUUCGAGAGAUCUGUUGAUAGUUAUACAUAAUUAUCGUAAUGUAUGUAUUGUGAUAUGCUAUAUGGAAAAUUGCAAAAGAAUGGAUAAAUACACUAGUAAAGUGAAACAAGAA